GUGUGAAUGAGUUAUCUGUUUAGUUCGGAUUUUUAAAAUCUGUAGAUUACAAUCAUGGAAAUAGUUGUCGCGAAAUUGCUCAGCGGUUAUAAUCAGUUCCUGUGGAAUAAUCGAGAUUUACGAAGCAUAGACUUUCCACUGCUGACUUCCAAUUGGCAAGUUCCAACAAUAGUUGUGAUGUACAUGGUAACGGUUCUAAGGAUAGGACCCAAAUUGAUGGCCACGCGGAAGGCAUACGACUUGAUGAAAUAUAUUCGGAUAUACAAUAUAGUUCAAAUAGUAACCAAUGGCUUCCUCUUUUUGUUUCUUGUCAUUCAUCUACUGAAGCGACCUACCAUGUCCUACGUGUGUCAAUCGGUUGACUUUUCCAAAACAACGUUAGGCUACGAAGAGCUGUACAUUUCAUAUACAUACUUCGUUCUGAAGAUCUUGGAUCUUACCGAUACGAUCUUCUUCGUCCUCCGCAAGAAGCAAUCACAAGUGUCCUUCCUUCAUGUGUAUCACCAUUCAAUAAUGGUACUGAUCAGUUACUAUGGAACACUUUUCGUGCCCGGAGGUCAUGUGUUCGUGCUUGUGCUUUGGAAUUCCCUCGGCCAUUCCUUACUCUAUCUGUACUACAAUCUCGCAACGUACAAAUCUUCGUUGGCUGCGCGGUACAAAAUAUAUCUUACUCGAAUGCAGCUGGCACAAUUCGUGUACCUCAUCGUACACUACGGACGACCGGCCCUCACUGGAAUGGACUGCGGUUUUCCUCAGGUGUGGCAUUGGAUCGGUUUCACGCAAACGAUGUUCUUUCUGGGCAUGUUUUUGGAUUUCUACGUCAAGUCGUAUCUCAGGAAAUCGGUGACGGAAAGUGAUAAAGUGUUACGGAAAAAUAACUAGGAGAGAGGAUUUGUGAAAUCUAAGUUAAAGAAUCGAAGGCUGGUUUUCCACUCACAACAGACAGCAGCAGGGCACUUCUGUGCGUGAAAAGCUGUUGAGGUUAACUACCAAAAAUGUGUAUGGCGGAAAACAUCCAAAAAUCUUAUUAAAAGUGUGAACUAUUCUCAAAACAUAUAUUUGUGAUCAGUUAUGUAGGAAGGUGCUGCUAUACUUAAAAACAUGUUUCCGCAACAGUGAUUCAAAACAGUUUCCUCCGUACCGCUGUUAGCAUGCUCAAAGCUUAUAAUAAUUCAUUGUGGAAUAAUUUAAUAAAAUAUGAUAUGAAACUCGUGAGACGGAACAAUAAUGUGUUU